AUGGCGCCGCAAACUUCGAUACCUCCAGCAGCCAACGUGCUUGGCACCAUUGGCACAAUAUGUUGGUGCGUCCAAUUGGUACCUCAGAUAUACAGAAACUGGAGAACCAAGUCUACUGUGGGACUACCUGAGUCCAUGAUGCUUCUAUGGUCUAUCAGCGGUGUACCCUUUGGUGUGUAUGCCAUUACACAGCAAUUCAACAUCCCCCUCAUCGUCCAACCGCAGUGCUUCUGUGUGUUGUGCGGUGUGAGUUGGGCGCAGUGUCUUGUAUAUAGCAGGAAAUGGCGGACCUGGACAGCCUCGCUCCUGCUAUUGUCGCUUCUGAUUUGCUUUGCAGGGAUAGAAACUGGGCUUGUAUAUGCUAUUCGAGAGCCAUACUCGAGAGGUCUAGAAUGGCCAGUCCUAUUGAUUGGCAUUGUCGCUUUCCUCACCCUUAUCGCAGGUUAUAUGCCUAUCCCAUUUGAGCUGCUCAAAAGACGAGGUCGCGUUGUGGGUAUUGAUUUCAUAUUCUUGGCCAUCGACUGGAACGGCGCAUUCUUCUCUCUGAUGGCUCUGGUAACCCAGAACGAGUUUGAUGUGCUCUUUGGCACGAUGUACGCACUAUGCUGCGCGAUCGAGAUGAGCAUGGUUGCUUCACACAUGAUUUGGUUAAUCCGAACUCGUGGGAUCCGUAAGCGCGCAAAAGAAGCCGGAGAAACUUUCGAUGAGUUCGAAGAGGGAGUCGAAUGGCAGGCCAAGGGUAUUGAUAUUGAGGAGAAGGUUAGGCACUUCUUUUCAAAGAAGAGUACCGCUGAAGAGGAUGGACUUCCUGUCAUAGGUGUUGCAGACGCACUCGCGAACCCAGAGGAAGUAACUCCAAAGACAGUGCCGAACGCAGUCGUAUGA